ACGUAAUCGAUGUAACCUUGAGAGGGUAGUGAUCGUGGUUACUGCAGUUCGUAGUACAUCGAAUUUCACCGAUUCAACCUCCGUGAAAUUGUAGCCAUCUAAGAUCGGACCCUGGUUGAUUAAAAGAAAAUAACAUGUUGGCAUCAAUAUUUCCCAAAGUUUUGUGUCAGGCAGAGACAGAAUGUAAAACGACUACACAACCAGGACUAGUAAAAUCACUAACAGCUGGAAGAACUAUUGCAGCAGCAGCUGUUGCAGAAGGGGACAGCUGCGAAUUUGCUUCUGGGCAAUAUUUUGCUCUUUGCGGACUUGGAGGAAUUUUGUCUUGCGGGAUCACUCACACUGCCAUUGUACCCCUUGAUCUUGUAAAAUGCCGUAUCCAGGUGGAUCCUGAGAAAUACAAGGGCACUUUGAAUGGUUUCAAGGUGACAAUCAGAGAAGAUGGUGUUAAAGGUCUGGCCAAAGGUUGGGCACCAACUUUCUUCGGUUAUUCCAUGCAGGGGCUCUGUAAAUUUGGACUUUAUGAAGUUUUCAAGGUAUUUUAUUCAAAUGUGAUUGGAGAGGAAGCUUCUUACCUCUACAGAACAUGGCUGUACUUGGCAUCUAGUGCUUCUGCAGAAUUCUUUGCUGACAUUGCGUUGUCUCCUAUGGAAGCCGCAAAGGUCAAAAUUCAGACCAGCCCAGGAUAUGCCAACACCCUACGAGAGGCUUGGCCUAGGAUAAUAAGAGAGGAAGGUGCUUCAGGAUUCUAUAAAGGUUUGGUGCCCCUGUGGAUGCGACAGAUCCCGUAUACGAUGAUGAAAUUCGCUUGUUUUGAACGUACUGUCGAACUUUUGUACAAACACGUGGUACCAAAGCCCCGUGCGGACUGUACAAAGGGCGAACAGCUAGUGGUGACGUUCGCAGCAGGUUACAUUGCUGGUGUCUUUUGCGCUAUUGUAAGUCACCCUGCUGAUACCGUGGUCUCCAAAUUGAAUAAAGAAAAGGGUUCUACAGCCCUUGAAGCUUUCAAGAGUUUAGGUUUUAUGGGAAUGUGGAAGGGUCUAAUGCCCAGGAUUGUCAUGAUUGGUACUCUUACUGCCCUACAAUGGUUCAUCUAUGAUGCUUUCAAGGUUGCAAUGAGGAUGCCACGUCCACCACCUCCAGAAAUGCCAGAGUCUUUGAAAAAGAAGCUCCAACCAGCAGCAUAGAUCCAAUUGAAUUGAAUAUAAAUUAAGUAAUAAAAAAUGUUUAGGAACUUUGUCUAUGACUUUUGAAAUAUCAUAAACUCAACAUAAGGAAUGAGCUCGCUCAGUAUUGGAAACUACUCGUCGUUCUGACAAAAAAAACACAUAAUAAAAUCUUUUAGAGAUAA